AUGGGCUUAGGCGCAAGGUCAUCCAUAUUAAUUCUUGCCGUUUUGCUUGUCUUGCUUCCAUCGCAAGUGUGCGCCUUUGGGGCUGGAAAUAUCGCAUCCAUCUCUACGAUCGAAGGCAAGAAUUGGCGCCAUGGAGACAUUGAGGAUACCAUCAAAACGCUCGCGUUCCUCAAGGGACACAAAUGGACAGGAAUAAUGAUUAAGCGUCUCUAUUUCGGAAAUUGGUUAAGAGAUUACUCGCAAGCUGUUGAUGUUGGAACAGUGUCGAAAAUACAAGCCGACACUAUACGGAUCUUGGUCUGGAUUCUCAGUUUCGGCGCUUUCGGCUAUGCGACUGGGGAAUUUGAGGUCACAGCUGAAAGGCUCUGUGUAUACAGACCGGAGGAACAUAUUGACAAUCCAAAGGGUUAUGCCGAUGGUAAAGAUGCUAGGCAGUAUGAUCCACGGCUUCGGGGCCCAAUUCGACCCAUUGAACUUGAAAUCGACCCCCAAUCUGGUAUGAAAAAUUACAUAGCCAAUGAACGCGGCGAUUGGGCGACCAGUGCUGGGUACGUGAAAUACAGUGUUGCACGAAGUAUACACUUUGGACGACUCUACCUUGCGGGUGGACGUCAUGAAAAGGGCCGUGAGGAACAUUUGAGUGAGGCCCUAAGGUGUCUCGGCCAAGCGUGUCAUACUCUGGAAGAUUUUUCUGCACAUAGUAAUUAUUGUGAAUUGGCGUUACGAGAAAUGAACUAUACCAAUGUCUUUCCUCACACGGGAGUGGGAACCCAGAUGAACAUCCAAGGAAAAUAUGUCUUCCCCGUUGUCACUGGCACAUUUGGCAUGACCGAUUUUUUUCACAGUUUGCUUGGGGAAGCUUCAGAUCAAUUUGCUCAGAGUGAAGUCAAUGAAAUGGACAAUACCCUUGGUACUGCUCAGUCCGGAUCGGGCUCCUCUGGAGCUUUGAGUUCUCUCACCAGUUUGCUCUCUAAAGUCCCCGGAAUGAACGGGAUGAUUGAAGAAGCCGAAAGGUUGAAACGUAAGUCAGAGGCUCAGGAACAGUCAAAUCAACAGCGCGGCUUGGAUGGGUAUGGAGCCACAAGGGGCCAAUUUGAUCACCAAGGGAUUGAACGCUAUAAUCAACCUACUGAAUAUGGCCAAUCACAAGCUUCCCAAGAGAUUAAUCCACAGGAAACAAUUUUCCAAGUAUAUCCGAUUUUAGAAUUUAGAGACAGGGUGGUCAAAAAUCUAUCCUCCGCUGUCGAGAAAAUCCCUGGGCUUUCCUCUUUGAUGGAUAAAAUCAGCGAAACCCUCUCGAUAUUCAUUUUCUCCCUCUUGGCUCCAUUUAUCAGGCCAGUGAUAAAGAUUGCAUCGGCAAAACUACAGCUUGGUUCGUCUGAACUGACAGCGGCUGAAGCCCGCACUCAAUACGAGCCCUGGACAAAUCCGAACUGCACUGACCCAACCCACUCUUUUCUCUCCAAGGACCAUUUCAGCAAUAUCCUCAACGAUCCUGCUGGGCGAGUUGCUUCUGCGGUUGUGAAAUUCGUCGUUCCUCGUGUUUUGUAUGCAUUCCAACAUGUCGAUGUCCCGGUUGAUCGGGUAUUGAAUGACUGCGUCUCUAUUUUCCAUCAUCCGGCAUUUCGACGGUUCGACAACGAAGCGCACCGUAAUAUGUUUGCAGAAGUUGAACGUUGGGCACACUCGCAGUCGAGCAAGGGAGUUAACUUGAACAAUGUUCUAAGCGCUGAGAGUGUUAAGGCUGGAAAGAAUCACACUGGAGGCAACCCCCAUACUCACGGCACCGGUCACUCACAUGCUGCUCCUAGCCAUAAUCAGACAUAUGGACACUCUAAUUCCCAAGGCCACAACCAUAGCCAGCCUGGGCACGGCCACAGCAACCACGGCCAUAAUCAGUUCCAGUCUCAUUCACUCGGUCAUGGUGGCGGUAAUUCCCACAGUGGUUUUCCUAACAUUCCCAAUCUCCCGAAUCUUAACCAAAUCCCUGGAAUGUCUUUCUUGGGAGGCUCUGGCGGUGGCUCUGGUGGUGGCUCUCAGCAUCACCAUCAGCAGCAGCAGCAAUCCCACACAUCGUCCUCAUCUUCGAUCCCCUGGGAUCAGCUCUCUCAUUUGCCAAUCCCAGGAGUUUCUAAACUCAACAAACUCAAUAAAUUAACCGGUUUCCUGUCUGGCGGUGGUGGGUCGAAGCGUGAAGUACCAGACGAGGCAGGGAACGGCAAUACUCAGAGCAGGGGUGCCACUCCAGGGGAAUCCGGAUCUGGUUAUCUUGACCCAUCUCAACCGUAUCCGCCAUACCAAGAGCAGCCGAGCGCCUAUCAGCAACAACAACAAACACCAUACGAUGAUCCUGGAUAUACAAUGCCCCCACCAGCUGGAUAUGAAAUCUAUAAUCAACAUAUAAACUCUAGCGAAUACCAGCCUCCUACGCAAGGCGCACAUACUUACGACUAUUAUCAAUCCCCACCGGGCAGAUUUGGCGGUGCAGGACAAUUUUAA